GAGGGGAGUGGCCCUGCCUCCGGGAAAGCGCGGCUCGGGGGGCCGCUCGGGGCUCAGCCAGUGAGAGGCCGGGGGAGUGGUGGAGGGAAGGCUCAGGCCGGGUACUUAGAGCAGCGCUAGCAGCCGGACCCGAUCUUCCUCGCUUCCCUCGCGCCGACGCUCAAGGCCCGCCGCAGCCGGGCGUUGUGGGCGCCAAGAGCGGCUACCCCGUUGUAUCAUGGUGACCCCUUGUCCUGCCAGCCCGGCCAGCCCCGCUGCGGGAGCCGGGAGGCGGGACAGCCAUCAGAACCUCCGCGCCCCGGUGAAGAAGAGCAGACGCCCGCGCCUCCGGAGGAAGGAGCCGCUGCGGCCGCUGAACGCGUCGUCGCUCCCGGGAGACUCCGGCGUCUGUGACCUUUUCGAGUCCCCCAGCUCUAGCUCGGACGGCGCGGACAGCCCAGCGGCGUCUACGGCGCGGGACUGCAGCUCCCUCCUCAGCCCUGCCCCGCCCUUGACCGCGCUAGAUCUCCAGACCUUCCGAGACUACGGCCAGAGCUGCUAUGAUUUCCGCAAGGCGCAGGAGAGCCUUUUCCAUCCGCGGGAGUCUCUGGCGCGACAGCCCCAAGUGACAGCCGAAUCCCGCUGUAAGCUGCUCAGCUGGCUCCUGCCGGUCCACCGCCAGUUCGGCCUCUCAUUCGAGUCUCUGUGCCUGACGGUGAACACUCUGGACCGUUUCCUUCUCACCACCCCGGUAGCUGCGGACUGCUUCCAGUUGCUGGGGGUCACCUGCCUGCUCAUCGCUUGCAAGCAGGUAGAGGUGCACCCACCUCGCGUGAAACAGCUCCUGGCCCUGUGCGGUGGCGCUUUCUCUCGGCAGCAGCUCUGCAACCUUGAGUGCAUCGUGUUACACAAGCUGCACUUCAGCCUAGGCGCGCCCACCAUCAACUUCUUCCUGGAGCACUUCACUCACGCUCGCGUGGAGGCGGGACAUGCUGACGUCACCCGGGCCUUGGAGGCUCAAACCCUGGCUCGGGGCGUGGCGGAGCUGAGCCUGGCCGAUUAUGCUUUCACCAACUACACACCUUCCCUGCUGGCCAUCUGCUGCCUGGCGCUGGCCGAUCGCAUGCUACAGCUCCCCCACCCGUUGGAUCUUCGCCUGGGAGAGCACCCAGAGGCCGCGCUGCAAGACUGCCUGGGCAAGCUGCAGAUGCUGGUGUCCAUCAACAGUACCUCCCUGCCUCACAUACUGCCUCCCCAUAUCUGGGAGAAGUGCAGGCUGCCCCAGAGUUGGAAAUAAAAAGCACACCCUUGGGUUUCUUUUAUUCCCCUGGCCCUGGCUCUGUGCCUUCAGGAGAGUGUGCAGUAUUAAUCCAAAGAGAAGCUCAGGACCCCUGCUUGUAAAUAGUGUACAAUAGUGGGAUCUACUUAUUUUUCAGUACACAAGGGCAGGGUGACAGUCCUGGCUUGUCUAAAUGCUGUUGUCCAGUCUGCCCUUCACAAGUGAUUGAUGGUCAGUCAAGAUGGUUGCCAAUUUCAGAGUCUCUCCUUGCUCCUGACGUUUUUGUACUCUGUAGUUAGCAGCUCUGUGAACACAAGCCAGCAAGAUUUUAUAUGCCACUGUUCCAGUAAUCAGACAAGUCAAGGUUGCUUGUCUGUAUCUUAACCCCCUCCAGUCUGGAGGCCGUGUCCCCUCCCCCACGACAGUGGCCCAAGGAGUGUGAGACAGAAGUCAUUGUAGUCUGUGUUGAUCAGAAGGGCAGUGCCUGCCACUCGCUGAUAUGGAUCUGGGAAGCUUGGGGUACCCAGGUAGGCAUUACCAGCGAGAGCCAAAGCAAGAGACAUCCCUGGUGCACCCCAAGAGAUGUUGGAAAGGAAAGUUUUUGCAUCCUCUUAUAGCUGUUGCAACCUGGGCCAUUUCCCCUGCAGUCACAUGCAUGAUUCAGUUCAAGCUGCUGCACAAGCUCAGGGUAGCAACGGCGCGACAGUAAUAAAGAAUAUAUUGAC